CAGGAAUAUUAGGGUAAAUGCUGUUGUGGGUGUAAGAAGAUUGCAGGAAGGAAGAAGGACGGAUGUUGCUACGAUCAUACGAUGCGUCGUUCUGCAGUGCUGGUACUUCUCUUCCUCACUUCUGCAUUGGGAACCAGUGGUACUCUGAACGAAGAUGAACCAACCACCACAUCAUCGUCCAAGGGUAUAAAUCCGUUUCUCAAGACAUAUGAUCGCGUUAUAUUUACAAUAAUAUCAUCUUUGUCAGCAUUUGGAUCUAUUGCGAUAAUUGUGACAUACUUUUUAUGGCGAGACUUACAAACAACAACAAGAAGAAUUCUGGUGUAUAUCUCUAUUGGUGACUUCUUUGCAACCUAUACUUCACUGGUUAUAUUUUGGAAAAGGCAGUUUGGCAAAAAUGACUUUUCCUGUCAGCUUCAAAGUUUUGUGACAUCAACAGCUAUAAUGUGGUCUUUCUUUUGGACGACAUCUUUGGCCAUUUAUUUGUACAUUGCUUUGGUGAAAAAGAGGCAUGAUAUUUCUGAGAAAUUGAUGGUGGUGUUCCAUGUCAUCAACUGGCUGCUUCCUGUCAUCCUGGUAGGUGCAGCAUGGUACGAGAAUGAACUUGGUACCACUGGAAAUAAGUCUACAGCAGGAUGGUGCUGGAUUCGCAUUGGAAAGAGUCAUAAAACUGCAGUGGUUUGGAUGUUCAUAACUGGAAAAUUUUGGGAAAUUAUAUCAUAUUUCAUUAAUGGGAUUAUGUAUUAUUUCAUCAUUAGUACAAUUAAAAGGGAGGUGAAAGAAAGAAUGCAUCUAAUGUCAACACAAUCUAUCCAAAUUGCUUUGCAAGGAAGAGGAAAAUUAUCUCUUGUCCCAAUUAUUUUUGUUAUUCUUCGCAUAUGGGGAACAAUUAGAUUUAUCCUUUUUGCAGCCUCUGCAAAUCCUCCCCAUGUUUUUAGAGAAGUUAUGGUUACUUUGCAGAUCAUUGGAGAUAAUGCCCAAGGAAUUACUAAUUUUAUCUUGUUUUGUUUGUUAACUGAGAAAUUUAAGCAGCAAAUCAUAAGAGUUUUUGGAUUUUGUAAUAGACUCACUUCUAAACGGACAGUACAAGAUGAACGGACAGCACAAGAUUUCCGUAGGACAUUCAGUGAUGACACAUACAAAUUUUAUAGUUGAUAACCAGUUACACUUAAUGAUUUUCUGCACAGUUUUCAACUCCCCCCAACCCAAAGUCUAAUGAGCUUUAAACCACAUAGACCACACAGAAUAUGUAUAAUCACAGAUGAGCUGUAUAGCUCAUUUAUGGUAUGAUACUGGAAGCGUGACUUAAGAUUGAUUUUGUGUCUCCAAAUUUACACCAAAUGGUAUAUGCUAUCACACUUGCUGGAAUCAGGCUGGUUAAUUGCCUGAAAACCAGAUAGCACUAUCGUUGGUUUAUUCAAUCCAUCUAAAAUUGUUUGGUAUAGCCUGGAUUAAUUAUCAUUUCUAUGGUUUUUGUAGCAAUUUGAUUGACUAAUUGAUGUAAAUUAAUAAUUUAUUAGAUAGAAUGUUUUUUUAAAAUUAUGUUGGCCUGUCCUGGAUCAAAAUUUCCCUUGGAUUUACCGAAAUUGGUGUGAGGAAAGUGAUUAGUUGGUUCAGUUGAACUCGUCUCCUGAUUGGCUGUUAGUUUCAUUUUCUUUUUGUAAUCCGCGCAAACAAGACGCCAAAAAAU